ACAACGCACUUCAAUCUAGUCGGUAGCCAUUCCUCGUUAUCUCAAAGCUUCCCCUUUCUUUUGCCCACCAUUUGUGUGUCAAUCGAGAAUCACUUUGCCUGUUGAGUACUGUGAGGAUCAAUAGGCCGGCGUGUGGUGUGUGGUCGGCGAAGAACAAGUUCCUUGCCUUGGUCCAUCAUCCGUUUCAGAGCAGCGUGGGAUGGUCUCCCGAAACCACCCCACCACCGCCGCCGCCGCCCCCGCCCGCCAUCUCGUCUCGUCCGCAGCCGCCCACGCACCCACCAAGACAGUCCCGGCCCCGUAUAAAUACCCCACAACUCCUCUUCCACCUCCGCCAACUCCGAUCCGUUACCUCCCCUCUCCCCAAGCUCAACAACCAGAGCACACAGGCCUUUCUCCUCUAUCUAUCGCACAAGAGGCGCGCACGAAAAUGGCCAAGGUGCACCCCAACGCCGCCGAUACAGAGCCGCCCUCGCCGGCGCCAGAGGUGGAGGAGCCGCCCACGGUGCUGACGGUCUGGCGCAAGUCGCUGCUCUUCAACUGCGACGGCUUCACCGUCUUCGACGCCAAGGGUGACCUCGCCUUCCGCGUCGACUGCUACGGCUCCGGCCGGCGCCGCGCCGAGGUCGUGCUCAUGGACGUCGCGGGCAAGCCGCUCCUCACCGUCCGCCGCAAGAGGCUCAGCUUCCUAGCGGAGCACUGGGUCAUCUACGACGGCGACGCCGCGGAAGACGAAUCCUCCAGGCCGCUCCUCUCCGUCCGACGCCACGUCAGCCUCCGCGCCUCCAAGGCGCUGGCGCACGUCACGCCCCACGCCGCCUCAGCUACCUCCGCGGCGUACGUGGUGGAGGGGUCGUACGGGCAGCGGGCCUGCGCCGUGCGCGACGCGCGCGGGGACGCGGUGGCGGAGGUCCGGCGGAAGGAGUCGGUGGGCGACGACGUGUUCCGGCUGGUGGCGGACCCCCGGCUGGGCGCGCAGCUCGCCAUGGGCCUCGUCAUCGCCCUCGACGAGAUGUUCGCCGGCGGCCGUGGCAGGUCGGCGCGGUCGUCGCUGCUGCGCAGGACAUUGUCGGCGUAGCAGCAACGACGCUGACAAGGGACCCCACAUGUACAGAACUCUCUACAGAGAUCCCAGCUUGUGAGCAGCGGUGGAGUAGCAUUUAGCAGGCAGGCUCUGUUUCUUGUAGUCAGCCGCUUUCAGGCGCAGCUAGCUCAUUUUCUCUCUUGUAGUACACACACUAGAAUCUUUUGUUUUUGGUUGCCUUCAAUUCCCUUCUUGGUCGUCAGUCUUGUUCCUACAUGAUUAAAGUUUUGAGCUUCA